GAGCCAUGAACGACUUUGACGAGUGCGGCCCGAGCGCAGCUAGUAUGUACCUGCCCGGCUGCGCCUACUAUGUGGCCCCGUCGGACUUCGCUAGCAAGCCGUCGUUCCUGUCGCAACCGUCGUCCUGCCAGAUGACUUUUCCUUACUCGUCCAACCUGGCGCCGCACGUCCAGCCCGUGCGCGAGGUGGCCUUCCGCGACUACGGCCUAGAGCGCGCCAAGUGGCCGUACCGCGGCGGCGGCGGCGGCGGCGCGGGGGCCGGCGGAGGGGGUGGCCCCGGCGGGGGCGGCAGCAGCAGCGCGGGGGGCUACGCUCCCUACUACGCGGCGGCGGCGGCGGCGGCGGCGGCAGCGGCGGCGGCCGAGGAGGCGGCCAUGCAGCGCGAGCUGCUCCCGCCCGCGGGCCGCCGACCGGACGUGCUCUUCAAGGCGCCGGAGCCGGUGUGCGCCGCGCCGGGGCCGCCGCACGGCCCUGCGGGCCCCGCUUCCAACUUCUACAGCGCCGUGGGCCGCAACGGCAUCCUGCCGCAGGGCUUCGACCAGUUCUACGAGGCCGCGCCCGGCCCCCCGUUCUCCGGGCCGCAGCCCCCUCCGCCGCCCGCGCCCCCGCAGCCCGAGGGCGCUGCCGCCGAUAAGGGCGACCCCAAGACGGGGACCGGUGGCGGCGGGGGCAGCCCCUGCGCCAAGGCAACCCCCGCCUCGGAGCCGAAGGGGGCGGCAGAAGGCAGCGGGGGUGACGGCGAGGGACCCCCGGGGGAGGCGGGGGCUGAGAAGAGCGGCGGCACAGUAGCCCCCCAGCGGUCCCGGAAAAAGCGCUGUCCCUACACCAAGUACCAGAUCCGCGAACUGGAACGCGAGUUUUUCUUUAACGUGUACAUAAACAAAGAGAAAAGACUCCAGCUCUCUCGGAUGCUCAACCUCACUGACCGGCAAGUCAAAAUCUGGUUCCAGAAUCGCAGGAUGAAGGAAAAGAAACUGAACAGAGACCGUCUGCAGUAUUUCACUGGAAACCCCUUAUUUUGAGAGCUCCAGGAAGCACCCCUCUCCCCCAGGCCCCACUCGCUCGCCCUCCUCCCCACCGGCCUGCUUUCGGUAGGCCCAAUGUCCUGGGGUUUAAGGACGCCUCUUCUCUGUGGAACUCCACCAUUCCUUCCCACGGUCAACUCGGGACCUCCCAGCGACCACUGCUGCCUGCGGACGAGGCCGGGGACUUGGCCGAAUGGAUCCUAAUAUGGGGAAAAUGGUAAUGCAAACGUCCCUUUACAAUUUUACCGCCAGUGUGCUGUUGUUUACCCUCUCUCUCUCUCCAGUCCCGGUGCGGACGCUGUGGGAUCUGUAGAGAGUUAGGCCUGGGCUGCCAAGGCACUUGUUUUUGUUCUGAGUUUAAGGGACCCCGUCCUUCCCCCUUGGUGAACGCAGAUUAUUUAAACUCUGGGAAAUGUACCUUUGGUUUGUCGGAUCAAGGCACGAGUCACUGUCUUUUGUGUGAAUAAAUGGUUUCUA